CCGCAGGGCAACUUUACACUCAACAUUGGCGCAAAGAAGUACCACUCCCACCAUUCAAGAUGGUGGUUCCAGAAGAUGGCAAUCUUCUUCGCAGCCCAUCGUUUGUACUCUCAAUUCCCAGGCCUUACCAUACAUUCAGCUAACCACCCGCAGUUCCACUACUCACCCCGCCUUGACCAGAACCUCAACCUCCUACCUCCCCUCCCAGACCUAUGCUCUUGCUAAGGAAAAACAAUACCAGCAGCAAUAUGGCGACAUGUACUUUCUGCGAUUAACGAAGCUGAAGCCUGCAGUGGAAAAGAACGCAUUGGAGGCUUGGGAUGGAUUCCAGAUUGCGGGGGAGACAGUGCAAAAGGUGGAAAGAGUGCUAGAUGUCAGACAAGGCCGAUUAUGUUGGGUUAUCGGCACAAUUUAUAUGGAAAUGCCUCUGAAGCCUAAUAUUUUGGAGGAUAUUAGUAAGGAUGUGAGUGCAUUCCAGUUGGUGUCGAAUUGGUGGCGGGUCGCAUCAUAGGCAUCGCAUAAAGUUCGAGAACCAUUGCUAAUAUCUCCCAGCACUGGAUCUCUGCACCACCUCCUCGUCAAAAGUACCUUUCACCCUCCGGAGAAGACCUUAUAAUGCUGGAAGAUGAAUCAGGAAGACUCCGUCUGAUUGGUCUAGCUCUUGAGAAUGAACUGCUUGUUACAGGGUGUAUCAUAGCAGUAAUGGGUACCGAAAACGCAAACGGCGACUUCGAAGUUGUGGAUAUAAAACUUCCUGGUCUGCCACCACAACCUGAACGUUGGCACAGGUCUGAAGUAAAUGGAAAAGACAAGGACGAGGAUGAAGAUAUGGACAAACCUACUCCAAUAAGCAACGGUAAGAAGAUAGCCAUUGUUUCAGGCCUUGGAUUCUCUGGUACGAAUGCGGAGCAUUCUCUCGACCUGAAUCUUCUGACCGAAUUUCUUCUUGGAGAAGCUCUCGAUCCAGUAACUCAAGAAAGCGUCUCGCAAAUCAGCAGGUUAAUUAUUGCUGGGAACUCGAUUGCCCUUGACCCCGAAGCCGCGUCGCACGAUACCAUUGGCAAUACCAAGAAAGCAGCACAUAAGAAGUAUGGUUACGAUAGUAGUGCUUACAACCCAGCACCCACUGCUCAUUUUGAUGAUUUCUUGGCUAGCUUACUACCAAGUUUGCCAAUCACUUUACUGCCAGGAUAUGAUGACCCAGCGAAUGUCAGUCUUCCCCAACAACCAAUACACUCGGCCAUGUUUCCCCAAGCUCGAGCAUAUGGUGCUAUGCCACCCGUUGAAGGAGUGACCAGAGAGCCAGGUUGGUUCGACACGGUCACCAAUCCUUGGGAUGGCGAGCUUGAAGGUUGGAAAUUGUUAGGUACAGGCGGGCAAAAUGUUGAUGAUGUCUUCAAAUAUGUGGAAGGGGAAGAUAGACUGAGAAUGAUGGAGGCGAUGUGCAGAUGGCGUUGUUGUGCACCAACAGCACCUGAUACUUUAUGUGAGUCUUCAAGUGCUAUAUCAUUCCACCAUGCAUCCAUCAGCUCCGUUCGAUUAUAGGUAAUUGGAACAUUGCACUAAUAAUUGUUAGGGAGCUACCCAUUUCAAGACCAUGAUCCAUUUGUUUUGGAUUCAUGCCCGCAUCUCUUCUUCGUCGGGUCCCAGCCAAAAUUCGACACAGCAACCAUUGAAGGUCCAGAGGGCCAGACGGUCAGAUUGAUAGCCGUACCACGAUUUUCUGACACUGGCGAAAUAGUACUUGUAGACACCGAGACUCUGGAUACCUCUGUGCUAAGGUUCACAGUUUCCUGAUCUUGUAUGUGAUAUGUUACACUUCACGUAUAAUUAAGGACGACCAGACAUGGAGAUGGCCUACCAGGCUCUAUCGUUAAUGAUCUCACCAAGACACGAGAAUAGCGUUUGAGGAGCAAAUUUGUCAGGAAUUCUGCCCACUUCCCUAGCAGGCGGCGGGAUCAAAUAGACUGCAGACAUAUCACAAGUCUAAAUGGAAUUGCUCGGUUUUCGGGAAAUCAUGAUUAAACUGAUCUCAACAGCCGUCUUGUUCUAUAUUAUUCUGGCAAUUGCAUCUAAUCUCCAGGAGAUGCCCACCAUUCUUUACCCUCUUUAUCUAGGCUGUUCACCUUCGCAAAAUUCAACAUGUUUUUGGCAACAGCCUGAAUUUGCUCAACAGUCAUUGAGCCGUCUUGGAGGUGCUGGUCUUGGAGGUGCUGGUCUGGACUCAUAAAGCCCAUCAGUAGGCUUAAUCUUUUCUGCAGAUAAG